UUUCUUGGUUUUGUAUGUUUUUAUUUUACAUUUUUUAGUUAAUCUUAUCAAUCAUUUUUCUUAAUUUAUCGUAUUAGCCUAAGUUAGUUAACCUCACGCCUCCUUCGAUUCAACCCCAAAAUACUAUAAUUGACGCUAUAUUCUUGCAGUAGUUGUAGUUUUCAGGAAGCACUCCUACAGAAACUACAAUCACAUUACAUUCUUGGCAAAGUCAAUGGACACUUUUUUUUGUUCAUUCUCAAUCUGGAUUGGAUUAGGACUUGGGAGUGACAAAUAAAUUAGGAGUGUGCAGGCCGCAGUUGAGUGAGCCGAGCAAUGGAACAAGCAAAAAUGGUGGCCAAAGCUCUCCUCCGAAACUCCGACAAUCCGCAGCUGGCAUGGCUUCUCUUCAAGCGCUCUCUCGCCACCAAUACUAAAGACUUCUUCUUUUCCCAUCACACAUUCUCUCUCAUCGUCCCUAUUCUCAUCCGCGCCCACAUGUUCUCUCAACUCGACUCUCUCCACCACCAUCUCCUCCUCUUCCCAACGCCGCCGCAUCAUGCUUUGUACUCCGUCGUCAAGAUGUUGGCCGAGGCUGGCCGACUUCAGCAAGCCUUUUCUCAAUUUCAAUCCCUUCGCUCCCGUUUGUCCACGCCACCGCCCUCAAUUGCUCUCUACAAUUUGUUAAUUCGAACUUCUAUCCAAGAAAAUUGCCCUAAUUUUGUGUCCUGGCUUUAUAAAGAUAUAAUCUUUUCCAAGGUGAAGCUCCAGAGUUAUACUUUUAAUCUCUUGAUUGGCGCCUUGUGUGGCGCCGGUCGCUUGGAGGAUGCCUGCCACUUGUUUGAUAAAAUGCGUGACAAAGGUUGUCAGCCUAAUGAGUACACUUUUGGAAUUUUGGCACGUGGUUAUUGCUGCGAUGGCCUCGUUGAUAAAGGUUUGGAGCUUCUGGAUUUGAUGGGGACGAUGGGUUUGGUCCCCACUGCAGUUAUAUACAACACUUUCAUUGCAGGGUUGUGUAAAGAGGGUAAAGAUGACGAAGCUGAGAGAUUGGUGGAGAGGAUGAAAGAGGAUGGUCUGUCUCCAAAUGUUGUUACCUUUAACACAAGGAUAUCUUCUCUCUGCAAAGCUGGCAAGAUCUUGGAAGCGUCCAGGAUAUUCAGGGAUAUGCAAACGAGUGAGUUGGAAUUGCCAAAGCCCAAUGCUGUGACACAUAACAUAAUGUUGGAUGGCUUUUACCGGGAAAGGAUGUUAGCAGAAGCAGAAGCUCUAGUUGUAUCUAUGAAAAGAGAUAGUAUUUUCUCGAGCGUGAAGAGUUAUAACAUAUGGCUGUUGGGUUUGGUGAGCAACGGAAAACUGUUUGAGGCUCAAGCAGUUCUAAAAGAAAUGGUUGAUGAUGGAGUGCAACCAAAUGCACACUCUUACAACAUUUUGAUUAACAGCUUAUGCAAAAGUGGCAUGCUUGCAGAUGCAAGGAGAGUUGUUAGUUUGAUGAUAACUGGGGGUGUUUCCCCUGAUGUAACUACUUAUAGUGCAUUGCUCCAGGGGUAUUGCAGGAAAUGGAAGAAUGUUGAGGCCAAUAAAAUUCUGAAUGAGAUGACUAGAGCUGGAUGUGUGCCAAAUGCUUACACUUACAAUAUACUGCUACACAGUUUGUGGAGAGAAGGAAGAACAGAAGAAGCGGAGAGGUUAAUGCAGAAGAUGAAUGAACGAGGGGAUGGAUUAGAUACUGUGAGCUGCAACAUUGUGAUUGAUGGUUUGUGUAGAAGUGGGAAUGUCGAUAAAGCAGUUGAAAUUGUGAGUGAAAUGUGGACUCAUGGAAGUGCUGCUCUUGGUAACUUAGGAAACUCAUACAUAGGCCUAGUAGAUGAAAAUAGGAAGAAAUGCUUGCCUGACUUGAUUACAUAUUCGACAAUCAUAAAUGGAUUGUGCAGGGAUGGACGGCUAGAUGAAGCUAAAAAGAAGUUUACAGAGAUGUUGGGGAGAAACUUAUAUCCCGAUUCAAUUGUCUAUGAUAUUUUUCUAUUUAACUUAUGCAAGAGAGGCAAGAUAUCAUCUGCAUUUCAGGUUCUCAAAGACAUGGAGAGAAAAGGUUGCAACAAGACCUUGCGAACUUACAAUUGCCUACUAUUUGGGCUUGGUGUUACAAAUCAAAUAUAUGAAAUGUUUGGCCAGUUGAAUGAGAUGAAGGAGAGAGGCAUUUCUCCUAAUGUUAGCACUUACAAUAUUAUUCUUAAUUCUCUGUGUGACGGACAAAGAAGCGAAGAAGCUGCUUUCGUAUUAGAUGAGAUGCUGCAGAAAGGGGUUACACCUAAUUUGAAUUCUUACAAAUUGUUAAUCAAAACCUUCUGCAGGACUGGGGAGUUCAGACCAGCACAAGAUGUGUUUGAGAUUGCAAUCAGUGUAUGUGGUCACAAGGAAGUACUUUAUACUUUGAUGUUCAAAGAGUUGCUUCUUGGAGGGGAAAUCUUGGAAGCUAAGCAAUUAUUUGAGGCUUCAAUAGAAAGAUGCUUUGAUUUGAGCAGUUUUUCUUACAAAGAUCUCAUUGACAAACUGUGCAUCAAUGAGAAUUUUGAUCUUGCUCAUGAUAUUCUUAAGAAAAUGGUGCAGCGGGGUUGUAGUUUUGAUCCUGCAGUUUUCAUGCCUGUGAUUGAUUAUUUACUCAGCAAGGGAAAUAAACAUGAGGCUAAUGAACUGACAGAAAGAAUGCUUGCAAUGGGUUCUGAUGUUGAGGUUAAAAAUAUGGUUCACAAAGACGAGAAACAGUUAAAUCGUGGCAAAAAACAUAAAGACAUUGGCAGUGAUUGGGAAACUAUUCUGCACAGAGAUGAUGGAAGUACAAUGGCCUUGAAAACUCUGAAGCGAGUGCAGAAAGGCUGGGGUCACAGUAACUUAUCACUAUCCCAUAAGAAUGACUUUCUCGAUGAUUUGGAUGCUCCUUAUCAAAUGUCAUGAUACUUGAGAUCUGUUAUUAUAAAUCUCGGCUGAACCACAAUCAACCAUAGAGAUGACCACCAUACACUUUUCAUCAAUCGCCUCUGCUUGUGGUUUUAACCAGGUAUAUUACAGAUUGAAUUGCAUAUCUAAGUAGCAAGGUUUUUAUUUUCUUCUCUUUACUCAAAAGUAAAUUGGUUUUUCUCUGCUAAUAUAAAGUGAAUGGAGCAGCUCAAGUUUACUGCAGUUUGCAGACCCAAAGAUGCUGAAGCAAGGUAUUUGAAAUCCAUGAAUUUGCUUUAUGUAUUCAAGACAUUACAUUCAGAAACGAAUAAGUUAUGGCUGGUUGAUUCAUUAUCUUGCCUCACGAUCAUGAAAUUUUACUAAGAGGGCUUAAGAACCUCAAUCACAUUGUGAUGGUUUUCUAAUUUAAAGGGACUUCUCUACAGCGCGUGAUGAUAGUAAGGACUAUUACAGCGCGUGAUGAUAGUAAGGACUAUUGUCUGGAACAGGCCAAUCAUUUUCAGGAGAUAAUCAUUAACCAGCAGUGGUGGUUUAGAGAAGAUGACGGGUGUCUUUAACAAAUGCCUUAAGAUUCAUUUGAGGAAAUAUUUGCAAAUUUUUACAUUGUUCGUGCAGAGCUUGAAACAGCCGAGAGAGCCAUCUAUGCAUCAAACAAGCUUCAUCAUCGAAAGAUCUCCUUCUCCAAUAUGUCAAUAGGAAGGUAUGCUUGUUGUUUGGAAUGGAAUCCUGCUGUGGUCCUUCUCUACUUGGAUGGUCCAGCAUGUCUCAUAUUCUUCUGUCCCUUCUUAAGCUGUAAAAAAGUAAAAAGAUGUUGACAGUUUGAUGAUGUAUCUAAUUUAGAUAAAAGCAACGAUUCCUAUUUUAUGCCAGAUUUUUGUUUCUA